CGUAUCGCCGGGUACGUUGCAAAAUUUCAAAGUCGAUUUGUAAUAAAGCAAUGUUUUUACAAACUGCCAAGUGGCAGCUUGUGUUAAAAUAUUCCACAUUUUUCUAGAUAACCCUCCGCAAGAAAACAUGUUAAAUGUAAAGUUAGUAAAAAGAACUAUGAAGUGGUAAACUGAACAGAAACUUACGCUAGAUAUAGAUCAGACGGAAAAAAAAAAAAAAACAUUGCAUUUAAAACUCUUUCCCAGAACCAGGCUGGAGCACAUGGCGGCGACAGAGUCCAGCUUAAGCCCGGCGGUGGAGUCGAUGGUACCGGCGUGCAUGUUCGCACCGGACCCGGGCUGCGCGAAGGAUCCGACCGGCAAUGAGAGCAGCGAGACCGGCGAGAACCAGAACGGAGACGCCGAGGAUCACUUGGACCUCACCAGCAAGUUGGCGCUGGUCAGCCCUACUGGAGAACAGUAUGACUGUUUACUCAAGCAGCUGCGAGAACGAAUGGAAGAAGGCUGUAGAGAGACCAUCUAUAUGGUCGGAAUGGGAACAGACGGUGGUGAUUAUGGUCUGGAUGAGAGGGAUAUGGAAGCAGCUGUUGCUACAGUGCGGUCGCUAUGUGAACAGGCUGAUGCUGAUCUGAUUCUACUGCGAGAGAGAGUGGAGACGGCGGGACGAGUCCGGGAUUACCUCAUUCGGCGCCGAGUGGGAGAGGCCGACUUCUUGGAAGUUAGAGUUGCGGUUGUUGGUAAUGUUGAUGCCGGUAAAAGCACACUCUUGGGCGUCCUUACUCAUGGCGAACUCGACAACGGUCGCGGAUUUGCACGACAAAAGCUCUUCCGACACAAGCACGAGAUGGAGAGCGGUCGCACCAGCAGUGUCGGCAAUGACAUACUGGGCUUCGACCAGGAUGGGCAGGUGGUCAACAAACCGGACAGUCACGGGGGCAGUCUAGACUGGACCAAGAUCUGUGAGAGGUCGUCAAAGGUCAUCACCUUCAUCGAUCUGGCGGGGCAUGAGAAAUACCUGAAGACCACCGUUUUUGGCAUGACUGGGCACCUACCGGACUUCUGCAUGCUUAUGGUGGGCAGUAACGCAGGAAUCGUUGGCAUGACCAAAGAGCACCUCGGUCUCGCUCUGGCCCUCAACGUUCCCGUCUUUGUAGUCGUCACUAAGAUAGACAUGUGUCCAGCUAACAUCCUACAAGAGACAUUAAAGUUAUUACAGAGGCUACUCAAGUCUCCGGGAUGCAGAAAAAUUCCAGUUUUGGUGCAAAACAAAGAUGAUGUCAUCGUUACAGCCUCAAACUUUAGUUCAGAGAGGAUGUGCCCAAUUUUCCAGAUCUCUAACGUAACAGGUGAAAACAUGGACCUGUUGAAAAUGUUCUUGAAUCUGCUGUCCUCCAGAACAACAUUUAAAGAUGACGAACCUCCAGAAUUUCAGAUUGAUGAAACAUAUUCAGUUCCGGGUGUAGGCACUGUCGUAUCCGGGACUACUUUACGCGGAUUAAUUCGCCUUAAUGACACGCUGCUCCUUGGUCCCAACCCUCUGGGUGCCUUUAUCCCCAUCGUGGUCAAAUCCAUCCACCGUAAGAGAAUGCCUGUGAAAGAAGUGCGUGGUGGUCAGACGGCCUCAUUCGCACUGAAGAAGAUCAAACGUUCGUCUAUCAGGAAGGGAAUGGUGAUGGUGUCGCCCCGUCUCAAUCCACAGGCGUGCUGGGAGUUUGAGGCUGAGAUUCUGGUGCUGCACCAUCCGACUACGAUAUCGCCAAGAUACCAAGCUAUGGUUCACUGUGGCAGCAUCAGACAGACCGCCACCAUCAUUGGCAUGAACAAAGACUGUUUACGGACGGGUGACAAAGCCGCUGUGCACUUUCGUUUUAUUAAGACCCCUGAGUACCUUCACUUGGAGCAGAGACUCGUCUUUAGGGAGGGCAGGACCAAGGCCGUGGGCACCAUCACUAAGCUGCUUCAAGCCAAGAUUCAGUCUACCAAGAAAGCUUCAUCACAGGUGGAGGGCACUUUUGCAGCCAGCGAGGAUGCUGCACAGAUGGGAGGAAGCCCUCAAACAGAACAACCGCCAAAGUCUGGAGGGAGUGGCAGACGGCGUGGAGGUCAAUGGCACAAAGGCAAACCAUCUGUGAGCAGUGGCACUGGGACGACAACAUCAGCUGCUGGAGUGGGCGGCAACUGAGCUAAUGUCCCUCCUGCCCAUCCUCCAUUAUCUGCUUAGAAUUCUCUUCUCUCUCUCUCUUAGCCAUCAAUACUGGUCAUCCCUCUGCCCUGAACUUUUUAAAGCAAACACCAGAGGGCAGCAGAUGCUUUUUGUUCACCCUUAAUGCCUUUUUUUUUUUUUUUUCUCCCUUUUUUCUUGUCUCUCUGAUUUUUGUUGGUGAGAGCAAAAACAAUCAUAAAACCCUCAAAUGAAGCUGGACUGAGCAUUUUCUCUCCCUAUGCACGCUAAUUAGAAACGUUCAUCUCCGCUGACAGAAUAGUGCCAAAACCCUGACUGACAAGCAUUUCCAUACUGAGAAGCUCGCUCGCUCGCUCUUUUAUCACCCUUAUGAAACAUGUAUACUUUGUGUGUGUGUGUGUGUGUUUGAACUAUCCCUUUAACAUCCCAUAAUAAACACCCUAAAAAAACGAAAUUUUGCAGCCAGGAUUUUUCCCAGAGGACCCAAUUAAGAAGCCCUCAACUGAAUCCCUGUUUGUGUUCAGCGAUUUUCUUAUUUCUCACGUCAUUUUCCUCCUCCAAUUGAAUUUGGCAAAUGCUGUUGCAGAUGAAAGCAAGAAAUCUGUUCUGCUUGUCAGUCUUUCAUGUCCCCUCAUCCUCCUCUGAUUUUAAUGAGCAUUGUAGCUGCCUAGAUGCACAAAAUCACAGCAGAUAAAACCGGUCCCUCGGAGUGUCACAAAUUAGGUGCCUUUUGGCUCUCUUGCAUUUUUUUUUUUCUUUUGUGACCUAGCAUUACUUUUGAAAGGUCUCACCUUUUCAGUGGAGAUCUUUUUAUGAAAAAACUUUGCAAACAAUGCUGACAUUGGCAUUUAACUCGGUUUCCUAUUUUCUCUUCUUAACCACACCAUUGUUUUUCCGUCUUUGUUGGACACUUUUGACCCAAACCAAAGCAAGAGUACACAUUACACAUCAAGGAAAAUGAUCAACCAACACUUGAUAUUCAAAAGUUGUUCAGUUGUGUUCAGGAGUUAAACACUGUAAGAACCUUGAUUGGUUGCUCUCGUGAUUUAGUUUUUUGGCUGUUCAAGGUUCUCUGUUUUUAUGAAACUGUCGAUCAAUUAUCUGGCAGGACAUAACCCGAGUCAAAUAUUUUCCAUCAGGACUCAUGGAUGCCUGUCUCUCUCGACACAUUUGUUUUGGUUGGGUUAAAUUGCAUUGAAAGACAAUUUUUGAGCAUUAAUUGCUGUCUGUCACAUGCAUUUUUCUUAGAGGUCCCAUGUCAAAAGACAGUUCAGUCUGUUCUGGUUCUGGUUCUCGGUUUGUUCUCCUUUUGAAUCAAUGCAGGCGAAACAAGUCUUGGAUUUUCUGUACUAUCAAAGACAUAUUCAGAUAUGUUUUAGUUAAAUCGGACACAGCCAAGUACAUUUGAACCUCAGUGAACAUUUAUUUUUAACAUUUAAUUUGUACAAGUCUAGUCUGGACAACAUCGUAAAGACCACAUGCUAGACAUUAUGCCAAAUAGAUUUUAAAAUUCUGUUAUUUUUUUUCCGUCUAUUUGUAAAUAAAUGGGAAACUUGGAGGGUAAUGAAAUCAGAUGGAAAUGGUCAAUUUUCUGUUCCCCCAGGGCAGGUACAAGAUAUGAUUUACAAUCUUUAAGAGUGUUCAGUGCUUGGACUGUUUAUGAUUUUUAUCUGCAAUUUAUUUCCCUUAAGAGCAUGGUUUUAUUUUUUGAACUAUGUACGAAAGAGAUUAAAAAAAAUAAAUAGUUGAAAAUUGUGUUGUACAUCCUUUUAAACAAAAUAAAAUUUGCACAAAAACUCUAAUGCUAACGUGGUUAUUACGAAACGUU